AUGGCAGAUCGCGAGCACGAGGUUGACGACGCGAAUGAAGCACUUGACCCAGAGCUUCUCUACUCCAAGGAAUACUGCAUUGGUGGUGGCAGUUUCGGUAAAGUAUACAAAGGAGUCGAUAAACGAACGGGCCAAGCUGUAGCGAUCAAGGUUAUUGAUAUAGAGAGUGCUGAAGACGAGGUCGAGGAUAUUAUCCAAGAAAUCGCCAUUCUGUCCGAGCUACAAUCACCAUAUGUCACCAAGUACUAUGGAUCCUAUGCGAAAGGUGCCGAGUUAUGGAUCGUAAUGGAGUUUUGUUCGGGAGGAAGCUGUGCCGACUUGAUGAAGCCAGGAUUGAUUGGAGAGGACUACAUCGCCAUCAUUGUGCGUGAGUUGCUCAUGGGUUUGGAUUAUCUUCACACAGACAAGAAGCUACAUCGAGAUGUCAAAGCUGCCAACGUGCUUCUGAGCAGCAAUGGCCAAGUCAAACUCGCCGAUUUUGGUGUGUCAGGUCAGCUUUCUGCUACCAUGACCAAGAAAAAUACAUUUGUCGGAACACCUUUUUGGAUGGCCCCAGAGGUCAUUAAGCAAUCUGGGUAUGAUCAUAAGGCCGAUAUUUGGUCUCUUGGUAUUACAGCUCUCGAAUUGGCCAACGGAGAGCCUCCUUAUGCCGAUAUUCAUCCUAUGAAAGUUCUCUUUCUCAUCCCCAAGAACCCCCCGCCACGAUUAGAAGGCAAUUUCACUAAAGCAUUCAAAGAUUUCAUCGAGUUGUGCCUCCAGAGAGAUCCUAAAGACCGACCAACAGCCAAGGAGAUGCUGCGACACCCGUUUAUUAGACGGGCAAAGCGGACAACUUACCUGACUGAGCUUAUCGAGAGGCAUCAGCGCUGGGCAGCUACUCAUAAGGGAGAGGAUGAUGACAACUGGGAUUCGGCUAACAGUGGACGAGCUCCACUAGAACGUGAGCGUGUUGACGAAGAUAUGUGGGAUUUCGGCACCGUGAGACUUGUUGGUGAGCGUGGCGGCAUUGUCAAUCGACCAGGUCUUAACCAACUGGACGAGAAUGCAACAAACGCACGCGCUUCUAGACCACUAGAGAGCGAGGAAGACUAUGGCGAGCAACGACGAGACGCAAGCCCAAUCAAGUCAAAGGAUUUCGCCCUUCAAUCCCUUGAGACUGUCAAGGCCAACCCAGGCUCAAGGCAGUCUAGCCCCCAGCGAAAGGCAGUUCCUCAAUCUCAGUAUCAGCAGCCGCUCCCAUCACCUACGAGGGCACUGCCCCAGACUCCCCUGAAGCUCCCUCCUCCAAGGGAUAACGCCGAGACUCCUCGCCCAUUGAGAAUAACCCCCCCUGCAACAGUACAGGAGUCUCCAGAUUAUGAUCGGGAGUUACAAAGCCAACUACAGCGUGAUAUUGGUAUGCUCAAUCUGGAUUAUGAACCGCAAACUGAGAGGAAAGCAAGUCCACAGAUUCAGCAGGUCCAGCCACCGCAAUGGACGUUACCCCCUGCUCCUCCGGCUCAUCAACAACGGCCAACGACUACCAAGCAGAUGAGUCUACCUGAGAUACCUCCAUAUAGGCCAAACCAAGCUCCUACGCAGCAAAGGGUACCUUCAUUACAGCAUACUUCAAUGCCUCAGACAACUUCUGUUCCCCAGAUACACACUCCCCUCCCAGGGGGUGCUCAGGGCCCUCGACCUCUUCCAUCAAAGGCCGGGUCACCCAGUCCGUCCGAGUUCAACACACCAUCGGCAUUCCCUACACCAGCACCAGCCAAUCCCGAUGGGGAGCUGGAUGCUCUGAACGAUGUCAUAUUCCCAGCCCUGGAGGAGGCGCUUAAGAGGCGACAGAUCAACUUGCAGCAGAUGUAUAAGCCAGGACAGAACCCAGCUCAACUGACACCCCAACAACAACGCGCCGAGGCUUCUCACGAAAAGUUACGAAAAUUGGUUUAUAAGCUGGCGCAUGUCUGCAAAGAGAUUGAUCAUUAUGACAAGGCUGAACCUGUUGGAAUGGGCAGAGAGGUUGGCAGUUUUCUGGAGGGGCUUCUGGAGGAGAUUCUGGUGAGAGUCGAGCCUUUGGAUGAGGACGAGGAAGUACCCGUUUCGUGA